UGUCGCCAGUCAAGCGACCCAGCUGCAGCAGAUCAGCGAGGACAGAGGCUGGGAGCUGGGAGCUGGGCUCAUUCGGCUCUGGCGUGGCGCGACAAAUGGCUGGCUGGGGGGGCUUCUUCUUUUCUCUCCUCAACUACAAGACGGAGAAAUAUGUCAUCGCCGAAAACAGGAAAAUCGGGAUAUUGUUUCGCCUCUAUCAGCUGGCCGUGCUCGGAUACAUAAUCGGGUGGGUGUUUGUGGCGAAGAAAGGGUACCAGGAGAGAGAGGAUGCCAUCCAGACUUCGGUCUUCACCAAGCUUAAAGGUGUCUCUCUGACCAACACCUCGGAGACGGGACCUUACCUGUGGAGUCCAGAGGAUUAUGUGAUACCUCAGAGUGGCGAGCAGGUGUUUUUUGUAGUGACAAAUUACAUUGAGACCCCAAAUCAGAGGCUGGGCUUCUGCGCCGAGAGUGUCAAGGUACCAGAUGGACAGUGUCAAAGUGAUGAUGACUGCCCUGAAGGGGAAAGCGUUAUAGCUGGGAACGGAAUAAAGACGGGCUUUUGCUUGAACAGCACGGGGACCUGUGAGAUCCACGCUUGGUGUCCUGUUGAAUACAGCAAGAGACCAAUGGAGCCCUUACUGGGUGAAGCAGAAAACUUCACCAUCUACAUAAAGAACUUCAUCAGGUUCCCCAAGUUUAAAUUCUCAAAGUCCAAUGUCCUUGAAACAUCUGAUGCGAACUACCUUAAGGGAUGCUUCUACGAUAAAGUGCACCAUCCCUACUGCCCCAUCUUCCGCCUCGGAGAGCUGGUCGGCAGAACUGGACAUGACUUCCAUGAAAUGGCUGCUAAGGGCGGCUCUGUUGGUAUUCUCAUCGAGUGGAACUGCGACCUGGAUAAGGACUCCUCGGAGUGUAAUCCACAGUACAGCUUCACCCGUUUGGACAUGGACUCGAACAACUCUGUUAACUCGGGUUACAACUUUAGAUUUGCAAGGUACUACAAAGAUCCAGGUGGUCAAACGUAUCGCACACUGUACAAAGUUUACGGGAUUCGAUUUGACAUCAUGAUCAAUGGACAGGCUGGGAAAUUCAACAUCGUUCCCACGAUAAUUGCGAUCGGCUCGGGUGUCGCUCUGAUGGGUGUGGGCGCGUUCGUAUGCGAUAUGAUUCUACUAUACAUGAUGAACACAAGCUCCUUCUACCGAGAGAGGAAAUUUGAAAUAAUCAACUUCAAAAAAGAGAGAAGCAAACAGAAGGACGGGAAAGCAGGCAACCAAGACAAGAGAUCCAGAAAACCUGGUGCGGCUGAAGACGCAGCCAACUCCAUCAAAAAGCCGGAGGAAAUCGAACUCGCGGUGGAGACCUCUCCUCCGGAGGAGGGCGAUGCGACUGUGAAGAAACGGGGUCCCACCAUACCACGCAACACAGGCCAGCGAUACUCUGGCAUCCUGUCUCAAAAAGGCGCGCAUUCAAAGCAGCACAUCACUUUCUCCUCACACAACUAGGUCUGCGAGCGGCUGAAGACUAACGGCCUGCAGAAGUCUCUGUUACGCUGGAGGAGGCGCAUGAUGUCUGCUGCUGGUCCCGGCACCGGUUGGGCUGACUGAAGAUCUGAUGCAGUCCCCAUGAGGGUCCGGGGCAGCGAUGGAUGCAGGAAGGCGGCUGUCCGGUUUAUUGAUAAUUCUGCUUAAUUCCUGAGUUACAAUGGAAUCGUAAAUGGAGAAAUUUCAGUUCACUGCAUCUUAACACUGAUUUAAAAAAAAAAACAUUAAUACUUUUGAGUUAGUUUGACUGUUUAUCAGACUUUAAUGGCCGACGAUAAACCCCCAGAUAUGGAUGUAAGACACAGGAUGCCUGGCAGCCAAAUUACCAGCACUCAACAGUUCUGUGGGUGUUUAUUGGGGUCUCCACAAUGCUGGGUUGAAGUAUCAUGCAGCCGUCCUGUAUGAGGAGCAUACUCUUUAGUUUAUUUUGCUAACUCGAAAUAAGAGCCCCCGUCAAAGGGUGAGUGCUGAUGAAGAUUGUCAGAUCUGCUUGUAAACCAUGGUUCAACUUUCAAUGUCAACACUUCCUCUGGUGUGGGUUCCUUAACAGCUCCUUGAAAACGAUUCAUUUAAGUGGAUUUCUGGUCUCACGGCAGCCAAAUAUGAUUUUCUUCUAGGUACUGAACUUUUCAUUUAUUAGAGUAAAAUGAUCAUCCUUGUAGAUAUUUCUAAGUUCCCUUAAAACAAACAAAACAAAAAGCCAUUUGAAUAAAAUGUGAAAACUCUUGGAACGGGUUAAGUUAGUAAGUCAGGGUAGAAUGACAUUAUUUGUAUGGUGUGUCAUAAAGAUGAACCCGGAAACGAAACGGCUGGGUUUGUCAGCUGGACUCUUUAUUUUGUGAAAGGCAUUUCUGUCAACCGUUAAAACAAUGCUGCUUCUUU